GAGGAGGCAACCGUGGGCGUCAGUGGUGGGUGGCCGGCCGCUGGGGAGGGUUGUUGCUGCUGCUGUCAUGGACGCCGGCCGCUCUAAAUCACUUCUCUUGCCUCUAGGUGGAGCUCUCUUGCUCUCUGGUGUGGCUGGAGCCAUCUAUUACUACCUCACUAAGAAGGAUGAGGAUGAAAUUAAGCUGGUUAAUACCAUGGUCAACCAGUGGUCAAUAACCAAAGUGCAAGUGCCACUUAAUGUUGUUGGACUCGUCAUUGGAAGACAAGGCUCAAACAUCAAAUUGAUUCAAGAGCGUACAAAUACUAAAAUAAGUUUCAGUGAUGAAGAAGUUGAUGGCCACCGAACAUGCAUCAUCAAAGGUUCAGAAGAAAAUAUUGCUUUGGCACAAAAGUUAGUCAUCAAAGCUGUAAAUGAUCAACCAGUGAUUGAAGCUGUAGAAAUGUUGGUACCCAUUGCAGCUGUUGGUCGAAUAAUUGGUAGGAAUGGGGAUGUGAUUCGUAGCAUAUCGCGUGCAAGUGGGUCAAAGAUUAUUGUGGAGAGAGAUGAAGACCGAAUAGCUAGUCUAUCAUACCCAGAGAAUAUGAGGAAGAUUAUUCUCAAGGGAGGCAAAGAGCAGAUUGAGGCAGCCAGGUCUCUACUCUUGGAGAAGGUGAUUGAAGUGGAAGAGAUGAGACAGCAGAUUCAUGCCUCAGCUACUAACAUGUCUAUGAGGGCCAGAAGUCGCCAGGCUGCACACGAGGAUGACGAUAGUCAGUCAUCAUCCAUAAGCCUCGGCCCAAGUCAAGAAGCACUCACUUUGGCAAAUAGUGACCGAUUUAUUGAGGCAUAUGUGUCUGCAGUUGACUCGGCUUCACACUUUUGGCUCCAAGUUGUGGGCCCUCGGUCAGUUCAACUGGAUAAAUUGGUGACAGAAAUGACAGAAUAUUAUGAGUGUGAGGAAAACCGAGAACUUCAUAAACUAGACAAGGUAAAUAUAGAUAGCAUAGUGGCAGCCAAAUUUCCACAUGACAACUCUUGGUACAGAGGAAUGAUUUGCAGUUAUGAGCCAAAUGAAACUGAUCCCAUCGAAAGUCUUGUUACGGUGUACUAUUUGGACUUUGGAGACACAGAAACUGUCAAGAUAGAUACUGUUUAUGAGUUAAGAACAGAUUUCCUGAAGCUCAACUUUCAAGCCAUUGAAUGUUGUUUGGCAAAUGUUAAACCUGAAAGUGUAAAAGGGGAUGAAGCAGCUGAUGCUUUUGAAGAGUUGACGUAUGCAGCACAGUGGAAGGUUGUGAUGGUAAAAGUUGUGGGCUAUCAACAGGAAGGAGAUAAAACUAUACCUUGUGUCCAGAUUAUUGACACAAAUGGCCCUACAGACAUAGAUGUGGCAGAAGAAUUAGCGAAAAGGGGUUUGGUUGAAUUUAGUAAUGGAGUAACAAGAUUGUCCUCUUCACCAUGAGUCAUAAAUGUGAGUGUUCUUGUAAAUAGUUUGUAUAAUAAUUUAUUGAUUAUUUGUAGCAGAUGAUUUAAGCCUUGAAAAGCAGAGAGGAAGAUAGGAUGUAUAUUAUUGAAAGUCAGCUGCCAAAUCAUUGCUGUUUGUGGGAAAUACGAAAAAUUUAUCACUAGUUUAAUUUGUAAUUAGGCUUCUAAUGUUGGCUCAUAUUUAGAGGCAUCUUCACUAUAAAACUAUUUGUGAUUCUUGUGAGAAGUUUCUUCGGGAGAGACCCAGCAAUGCUUAGCAAGAUAUUGUAAUUCAUUCCUGUUAUAGUGGCAAAUCAAAAUAACCUUUUAAGAUAAUUACUGUAAUGAUGCUAGGAUUAAAAGCUAUUCAAAUACUCAAACAUUUACCCCUAUCUCAGAAUUAUUAUGCAGGUGUUGUAAUUGUUAUAACUAUUCUUUAUUCUGUGCCGUCAAAAUAGUUGUUUGAAGAGUGAAACAUGAGGUUCAUUUAUAUUGUUAAUGUAUUUGGAGUUCCAAGUACCCUGACUAAUCCAUUUUUCAUAUUGACACACCUGAUGUGUGGGUCACAUAAAUUCAACUUGGCACAAAUAUUUGUUGACCUACAACUGGAUAAAUGAAUUGGUUAGUUGACUAGUUGACUAGAUUAGUUGACCAAGCCACACACUAGAAAGUGAAGGGAUGACGACGUUUCAGUCCAUCCUGGACCAUUCUCAAGUCGCAAUCGACUUGAGAAUGGUCCAAGACGGACCGAAACGUCGACAUCCCUUCACUUUCUAGUGUGUGGUUUGGUCAACAUAUUUUGGCAACGUUAUUGUGACAACUCGUCUGCAUACAGUAGAUUAGCUGUAGAUUAUUAUAGAUUUUCUCCUAUCAUAUCCUGACAUGGGGCCAGCCUUACUUUACAAUUUCCUGGUCUAUGAAGCUGUUUGUAUUUGUAGCCCACAGGGCCACACAAUCAUCAUAGCUAGGCAGAACCAGUAAUUCAAGUAGAUACCUUGACAACUUCUCUCUCUCUCUCAAAAGCUUCUGCUAUAAUUCUAUCAAUAUACCUUACAUUUGUUGUCGAGAGAUUGAAGAGUGAGGCAAAAAAGUGCUAAUUGUUUUCCAUUUUGUAGUAUAUACUACAUGCCUCCUUUCAUUUAAGGCUGCUGCCUAAUGGCUCUGGAAACACAUUAACGUCCAGUUUCACUGACGGCCACUUGGAGUGGCCGGUGGACCGUUCCAAGCCUAUUUUUCCGAGUUUUUUCUCGGUUUUGGUUUGACGUCUGAUCUCCAGACUCCCCUCACCAUGCUGGGCACACCAGAUUAUGAUCCUAGUCUGCACAAAUCCCGAGACCUGGUAACAUUUAUACGUCUGUGGUACCAUUGCCUUAAGCACUGGGAAGCUUGUUUAUGUUUACCAAUAUUGGCUAUAAUUUUUAGUAUCCAUUUACUAAUUUGGAACUAAAACUUGACAUUCAAUAAAAUGUGUUUCCCUUAUAUGUAAGGUAUCUAAUCCUUUCAGUCAGGUCCUAUAGUAUGUAAUUAACAUUAUGUACUUACAUAGAUCAACUGUCCAGCCAUUGGAAAUUAAAAAAAAAAAAAAAAAAAAAACUUUCAAUGCUGUGACAGUACUGUAUAAUAUACCUAACGUGUAAAACAAAAAAAAAUCCUAGUGCAAAUAUAUGUAGUUCAGAUCCUAGAAAGCUACGACUGAUCAAAUUAUGCUAGUCUUUUUCAUUUGUAUAUACUGUAGCUAUAAAAAAGAAUAUUGAAUUUACAGGCAGUUCAUUAUAUUAGGUAUAUACAAAUCUUUGAUGUUUUUAUUUUAUAUAUAUAUAUAUAUAUAUAUAUAUAUAUAUAUAUAUAUAUAAUCUUGUAGAAGAUAUAUAUAUAGGGAGUGCCACCUUUGGUUGUGUUUGUAGGGACCCUCGGUCUCAAAAAAGAGGAUAUGUAGCAUCUGGAGGAGCCUUACGGGGCACCCACGUAUGCUCACAUAUUGUCUUCUCCUACCACCUUUGUAUAUAUGUUAGGCGUGUGUAUGGUAGCCUAAUAAUUUUGUAUAAUUAGUGUGAAUAUUUAUAUAGUCUUCACCUGAAGAAUACUUCAUAGUUGUCAAAACAUGUAUGAUACAAACAUCAUAUGCAAGGUUAUUAUUGUUUGAAUUAUUUUACUCACUCAGAAAAUAACUUACCAGAAUGAUGAUUUGUACAUUUAUCAUUAGUCUCUUAAUGCAAGUAUACUUCUGAAUUAGUGUGUACUGUAUUUACAUCAUAGAAAACUGAUGCCAAAGUAGCUUGCUAUAUUAUUUUGCCAAGAUUUAUUAUAAAAAUGUGAUUAUGGUCCAAUUUGUACUCAAAUAUAAAGAUGCACAUAUUUUUAUUUACAAAUAUUAGUGAUGCAUAAUUGGACUGCAUUGCCAUAAGUGUAAUUAUUUUACUGUUACUCAUCAAACAGUAGAUAGAUACCUUUGCAUUAACAUUUUUAUUCUGGCAGUGUUGCCAAAUGUACCGAUAAUAUUCUAGGAUAAGAAUAAUACUGUAGUGCAAGAGUACAUGUAUGUAGUGAUACUGUAUACACUGACUCAUAUACAAUGAUACUGUAUACACACACACUUGAAUACUGUAUACACAUACACUUGGAUCAC